AUGGUUAUCGGCAAAUAUGGGAAAGUAUUGACUCGGCAAAACUACGGGAACAAAGUAAGCUGCACAUUCAACAUGUCUGUUCUGCGGGUCGCAUUCACGGUUCAUAAUCUAAGCGCAGGAGAUGAGAAUGAUUAUGGUCUUCACAUUGAGCUUGGCUUGGCACGGAAUCCGUUAAAAGAUGUCGUGGCGCUUCGCUUAGAGGGUAAUAUCAUAUUAAUUUGAUCAUAAAUAAUAUCACAUUAUUAAAAAUAAAAAGUAUGGAAAUUCACUUACACUGAGCAUAAAAAGCAUAUUAGUUCUUUCAGUGCAGUUGGAAAUUUCAUCUUUUAUUUCACGACUUAUUUAGGUAGGCAGGGAUUCUUUUAGUUGUACAAACUUUUGUGAGAACAAUCCUUUUAGUUGAUGCAAAGUUUGUCAUAUCCUGUAAAGCGUCAUCCAUCUUAACAUUGAGCUGAUGAAAGUGCCCUUUAGCUGACAAAAAGGUUAUUCAAAAAGCUGACCGUACGACGCACUCAAGUAGAUUAAGGCCUGGGUCUUAACAGAUUUCUCACAAUUUUUAAAGGGGGAUGGUGUAAUGAAAAGUAUUUUCCCAUCAGAUAAAGAGCAACCCGUUGACCUUUUGUAGGUCCAAAAAGCUAGCUACUAACAGUCUUCUAGUAAAAGCGAUAAGAAUGAGACGAGGUCAAUAAACGUCUUUCCCCUGACGAAUAUUCUAUUCAGCGGAGGACUUGCGUUAGACAAUGAACGCCAAUUGACCACUACAGAAAAUACCAUAACAUACCAUAAUGCUCUUUGUUUGUCACCCCAAAAUUUUGCUUAAGCAUUGUUUUCAGUUUCUCUUGGGAGUUAAAAUGGCCCCAAGAGAAACUGAAAACAAUGCUUACCCAAAUUUUUUGGGUGACACACAAAGAGCAGUAUGGUAUGUUAUGGUAUUUUCUGUAGUGGUCAAUUGCACCUGCCAAUGGGCCAUUUACACAAUGACGUCAUUUACUACUAAGACCAGAAUUCAUUUCGUUUUUCCUUUCAUAUUUAAAUUUGGUAGUCCCAGUGAGGUUUAUUUAACAAAAACCUUAAGUUGCACAAGAAAGCAAUACCCUGAAGGAUUCUGGUCGUAGUAGUAAAAUGACGCCAUCGUGCAAAUGGCCUAUUGUAACGCUCCGAAGCAUUCCAAGCUGAUUUCGUAGACACUUUGUAGGGUCAAUGUUUUGAUACAGAGAAACUGGAGCUACUCUUUUGGCAAGUGAUGGGAAUAGUUGGUCACAAUUUUUGAGCAAUAGAGGGCGUGGUCGGUUACGUGACCAAAUAAUUUGAAUUUCUUUUUUUCCAGUUUUUUUAAAGUUUAUUAUCUAUCAUUCCUCGUGGAUGUCUUUAACAAUAGUUUUUGGAAUAAAAACCAUAAAUGACUUAGACCCAGGCCUUAAUCUACUUGAGUAGGUGAACGUGCCAGCCUGAUGGACUUAGUGUACUCGUUUAUGAGAUUAGUGGAGCUAACUUUUCUUUGAUAAUGUUUAUCGCACAUUUAAAAACUGGUAGAUCCACCAAAAGUUGUCAGUUCCCUGGAAAGAAACAUUUCCCUGAGGGCUGGAGACGAACUGGUAUUGAACUGCAGGGCGACUGGACUUCCUCGUCCGCAGAUCUCGUGGUCACGAUCUGGAAGAGUUUUUAGAAAUCAUACCUUAGUCGUAAGCCGAGUGAACAAAAAAGACAGUGGGCUGUACCUAUGCAAAGCUUACAGUCCUGCAGGGAAAGACAGCAUGAAAAUUUUUGUUAGAGUUGAGGAUGGAAACAACCCAACACAAGCAACAGGUGGGGAGAUCUCGUGACCAGGACUGUAUACUGUAGUCACAUACAUGGAUCAUAACACGGACAUUAUCGGCUUUUUCCUUUUUUUUUUUUUUUUAUUUUUGUCUGCUGCUUCUAGCUGUACGGCCCAGGUCCUCUUAUGAAGUUAACAUCUAGACUAACUGAAUCGUCAGUGUAUUCGUUAGCUUGAGUAAGACAUGCUAUUAAGCUGAUUCUGAUGUUUCUUGUUUUUUUUAAAUUUUAUUUUAUUUUUUUUUGGAGAGCGAUAAUAAUAAUAAUAAUAAUAGUUUAUUGAUAUCCCUCUCGCAGCCUAAAGACUGAAUUAACAAGGAAGGUCAGUGACACUAACAGAAGACAAUACAAUACAAAAACAAUCAAAUAGAUAAUUAUGUAAAUAUGAUUAAAAGCACUACAUAUUAGAGAAAAAAUAGCAAAGCACAGGAUUACAACUGGCCUUGAAACUUAAUGGUGCAGAAAUAUGCGAAUCGCUUUGUCUUAAGGACAAGGCGCACCGGAACACGUUCGCCUGAACGGAGGCAGUAUGGCCUGUCAAUUGACACACAAGGAAUUAAUGGCUUGAGUACCGGAGACGACAGGCAGUCACGCUUGAUAAAAUUAGUGCAAGCGUCCUCCCUUAUCUGGGAAAGGGCAGUGAUGCCAGAUUGAAUUAGGGCGUCGUCAUAGUGACAGUUCGGCAAAACGAUGCGUAGGGCCCUUUUUUGAUAAAUGAGUUGGUAAAAACUCUAGAUAAAGUAGGGCCCACCAAAGAUAAUUAUUUCAGUGAGGUUUACUGUAGACACUUACUUCUUUUUCUGGUUUCAGAUUCAGCCUCUGGCGCAACACUUUCCCAAGAUAACAGUCAUGCGUGGAUAUUGAUUGUGAUAUUGACAGGCUCAACGUUAAUACUUGCAUCGAUAGCAUUGGCGGUGACUUUUUAUCGCAGGCGCAGACGCCUAAGGAAAGACAUUCCUUACUCUUUGCAGAGAGAUACAGAACAACUCGGUGUUAAAUUAUAGACCACUUCUCCCACCCUUAUCCAAAGCCGCCGGGCUUGUUCCAAUCAGCGUAUGCCGUACUACCGCUGCUUUUUUCCUCCUUUCUUUUUUACCCGAUAUCGAAUCGAAAUUGAUAAAAAAGAACCUUUUUCAUUUUGAGGUUAUUGACAGGGUAUAAACCAAUGAACACCACUUGAAUUUACUCUCUUCAAUGGAACAACGCAGUUGAAGCUGACCUGACGGUGCGCGCGUAAUAUGGGCAAGAAACAACAACCUCGACAAGACACUAGUAUAUAUCAAGUUUGUGUGAAAAAAAACUUUCACUUAGAUAACAGAUCAAAAGAAACUUUUUAAUUCCCGAUCCAAAAAUAAAGCAAGACAGAAAAAUAAUCAUGAAGCUCCCUGAAAGCAGACACGUUUCAGUUUUUAAUUACAUUUAAUUGCUCAUAUUUACCUUGAAUUGAAGUUGUUCAUUAUAAUGGUCUCUAUGAUAACUGAUCAAGAUGCUACUUGUAGUGAGGAUAAUGGUGAUGAUGAUGGUGAUUAUUAAGAUGAUUUAUGCUGGUAAUGAUGUUAUUGAUGAUGAAGAAGACGACAAUGACAAUGAUGACCGAUCAUUAGGCUAAUGUGUAGUUUUCACAUCAAGAAGUAAACGCAAGCAAACAAACGGAAAGAAUUUCUAACAAAUGUAUUUAAUCAUCAGAAAUCAAAAAUAUGAUGUCCCCAUGACUGACUCUGUUUGCAUUGCUUAGGACUUUUUCCCAAUAACAGCAACUUACGGCACCAGUGGGAUCUUUUCACAACAUUGUCACAUCGAAAACCAUGAGAAAAAAAUGGCCUAAAAUAUGAGGGCAAAGUUUCCAAAAGCGUACGAAAAGUGCGGAUCUAACUAUUUAAGAAAAGUUUUUUUCUUUUCUAAAACAUCAUAGAUUCAAAAAGUUUAAGGUCUAGGAGAGGUAUUAAAUGAUUCCUGCUUUAUAAAGACAGGAAAAGAAAACAAGUGUUUGCUUGACUCCUGCCAUUCAAUUUGUCAAGUAUUUGCGAUUUUUGGAAAAAAAAUUCAAGUGACGUAUCAAAUGAUUGAACUGUAUUUUUUACACAUCAAUCAAUCUUUUUUGCAUUUUUUUUAUUCAAUUCCUUAAUUCAACCCUCUUUAACAAAGUUGUCACCAGUAAUUGAGCCCCUCGCCCCAUAUAUAAGAAAAUCCAGAAUCUGAGAUCCAAGGAAUCCUGUAAUCCAUCCAUAGCGUGGAUUCCAGAAUCAAAGACUGUCUUGGAUUACCUUACAGAGGGGCAGAUAUUAUCUUUUUUAUGUUCAAGCUUUCCCAGACCUAGAAACUACUCGAUGAACCUCCAUUUGUACUCUUCCACACAAUCGCAGUUUGGAAAACAUGGGAACCAGAUUAAAAGUUCUUCAAACUAUCCCUGAAAAGAGAAAAAAUACGUAUAUUAAAUAUCAUUGCUUGAAAGUUUACAAAAGAACUUCAUGAUUGCAUAACUUGAAAAUGCAACAGUAACGUCAUCCUCGGAGACCCAGGGGCAGAUAGUGAGGGUGAGGGAAAGUCUAAACGGGCUGACAAAUAUGGCACGAAGAAAAGUAAAGAACGGCGAGAAGAGCCCCUGGGGACAAUGUCUUACCAGACCAGUUCCAAACGCUAGCCCCCUUUCUGUCUUCUGAUUGGGCAGAAAAACACAAAAGUUUUCUGGCACCAAUCAGAAGUCAGAACGGCGGCGACCGUUUGGAACUGGUCUGGUAAGACAUUGUCCCCAGGGGCUCUUCUCGCUGUUCUUUACUUUUCUUCGUGCCAUAUUUUCCCGCCCGUUUAGACUUUCUCUCGCCCCCACUAUCUGCCCCUGGGUCUCCGAGGAUGCAGCAACGUAUGAGCAAGAAGCAAAGUUUAAUUGAUAGACAGGAAUCCUAGUCCAUGCAAUACUUGGAAAUCGCUGGUCAAAACAUGGAAUAAAACCUUAAAAAUAUACACUGCCUUAGUCCCGAUAUAACCCUUGUUGUUUUUGGAAAUAAAUGCCAAACAAAGACAAAACAACUAGUUGUCAUCAGAACGACGUGAUUAACAAAAGAAAGACUCUAGGAAGGGCUACAUCAAGCCAGAGCUUAUCGAAUACUCUUCUAGUCCAUUUCUUUUCAUCUAUUUCUGUACAAAUCAGUUUGAAAACCACUAAAUCUGCUAUGAACUAAAACUAUUAAUAUUCUAUAUUACUAGUACUGCUUACACUAUGUCAAAUAGUAGACGAUAUGCAAAAAUUAUAUUAAUUGUCAUUGGCAAGGCCCGUAUGGCACCCGCAGAGGUAGGUACUGGAGAAGUGACUGUGUUUGAACCUGAAAAGAAAGCAGAGAUUAAGUAAAACUAUAUCACUACAGACACCAUUGGAACCGACUUUUAACUUCCAUCAUAGAGGGUCGAUAAAGCUUGGUAGGGAACAAUUCUAGGUGUCCGUUUUUGGGCUGGAAGAAACGAUUAAAUCUGACAAUCCUGACUUAAACUACGAAAACAACUACCGUGUUUUGAAUCAACUUAAUCAAUCAGGCCAAAAAUGAUCCACUUAAGAAAAUGAUAAUUUAAUACUACAUUAGGUUAUCUCCAAUAAUCCAGCAGUUGGAGGAGCCAGGAAAAGAACGUGGCGUGGUUGGUGCUGUUGGUUGCUUUAGUUGGAGUGGUUGCUGUCAGUAAGGUUAAGUUUCUGUGUUUAGUGCUACUUUUUGUUUUAAUUUGUGAUCAAAAGAAAAUUCUUUUUUUGUUUAAAAAAAACUUACGGCCUUUUGGAUCCGUGAAAUGUACAAUCGGUACUUUUGUAGCAGUUAGUAGCAUUUUAGGAAGAGUUUCGUCUUCAAAAACACGUAAAAGGCGCAGAAAGCUGUGAACUGCACUUUCGGGUGUUUAUACUCGUCCAACGUUUUCUCAAGAUCCAAAGAUCUUGAGAUUUACUAUAUACAAGCUACUUAAAGAUAUGCUUAGGCGAUACACUAACCAUACUCUAACUACGAUAACCAGUAGAACCUCUACACCAACAACUUCAACUAAAAAAACUGUACGUUACUAGCGUCUCUGACAAUGGUUACAGUGACGUACAUAACAUUUAUCAAAAAAUUUUGACAAGACGGUUCCAAUGCAAUAUACAGCAUGACAAUAGCUAGAUGAUUAGAGACGCCACUAAAACCGUGCACGAGGAAAAUUUCCUACCAAUUGUUUGAUCGAAAUCUCUGGUUGACAUUAAAGACGUAGGAACAGUUGACAUUCCUGAGGAGGAAAAAGUGAAAAAAAAAAUAAGGAUAUAGCUUUUAGUGUUUGUUUAUAUUUUCAGCAGGAAACUAACGUUAGUUUAACUUAACCAGCAUUCUUGUGUCUGGACGAGCUCGAGACCGGUUUUUGUUUCUUAUUUCUUUUUUUUAAUUGACCAAUGUAAUGUACCUUAUCUAAGACAGUCCUGGAUUCUGGAUUCCACACUGUGGAUUUGGGAUUCUCAGUACUUAAUUCCGGAUUCCUUGUUAGCAGAAACCUGGAUUCCAGAUUGCAAUCGUUAGCGGGAUUCCGAAGUCCUCAAACUGAAUUCCGGACUCCAAAGUCCAGGAUUCCACGUUCCACAUACAAAAUUUCACUGAUUCCGGAAUCUGGAUUACCUUGCAUGUGGCGAUUCUUUCUUCAGUUUCUCGCUAUAAAUUGUUGCCAAAUUAUAUGAUCCCAAAACAAACUAAGGAGAAAUUCUCAGAUCGACUUUAUUUUGUAUGCAGAAGUCGGGGACUAACUAGCACUUUAAAAAUAUAGUUUACAUGUUUUAGAACAAACCGACCUAAUUUAAGUAGCUCAUCUGAGUAAAUAUUUUACUUACCAUCUAAUUUAAGUUCUAUAACGGACAAUUUCGUCACUUCCAAGUGAUUGCCGCUUAGGUUCUCGAAUACAGUGCCAACUCCAUACAGCCCUCCAUCGCUAUGAAUGGUAUUCUUGAUUUUAAGUAAUAAAUGCGUUUGGUUGUACGACGAGAACACUGUCCUCGCGGUGCAAAACGCCUUCAGCAUGACGUUUUCGGUGCAAUUUCCAUUGCCAUUUGCACUUGACAAAGUAAUGAAAAUAUUGCUAUCUUCAUUUUUCCAUACCCGAUAACCUCGAAAAUUUUCACUGCUAUCAUUCCGUGAUCGACAGAAGAGCAGCUCUGCAUGUUCACUAACAUGGACCGUAACUUGUGUAAUGUUGCAAGCGUCACCUGUACAAAACGACUUGAAGUGAUUAUUAGACCUUCAUUUUGGCCCAUUCGAACCUGUUUUGUUCCUCUGGAACUAAAGGGAUGCGUAUCAGGAUCUAGAAUUUCCUUGCAGUCCAUAAUAUAUGCGAAUAGCUAGCCUCCAGCAAACUAAACCACCGUCUAUAAUAAACUUCCCUUGACCCAAUUGCAACCAGAACGCUUAAUAAAAAACUGGACAGGAUUAUAAUAUUUGCAAAACAUUUCCUUGUCCAGGACAACAAACAUUUCGGCACGCUUUCCUCAAAAAGUGUUCUAGUGAAAAGUCACGAGUCAUACGACAGAAAUUAAAGGGUCGCACGUCCGUUUAAAUACGUUGUUUAGUGAAACGUGGCCCUUACUCUUAGUAAUUGCACCAGAAAGUUCCGUCACUCAACUAUGCAUAAAAGACUACUCACCAUAAAAGACUACUCACCCGUAAGAAACAGUGAUAAAAGCCAAACCAAAGCGAAGGAAAACGCUUCCAAAGAUAACAUAACUGUUAAAAGGUAACAAACAGUAUUUUAUUGUGCCGUAAUAAGCUCUAAGCACCGGGGUGUGACUGUCACUCAUUACCAAACUUCUUGAGCGAAAGUGGAGAGAUCUGGCAUGGAGCAGAUCCCGGAUUAACAAAUAGAAAAUGAAGUUCCUUGUUUUAAACAAUCAAAUAGGAAUUUCGAAUAUUUCAGUAGGUACACCACAAGCUGAAGAGGAUUUAAACUAUUUUACUGAAACCAACUUUUUUGUCAGCAAGUUCAAGGUAGCAGCAUAAAAUCAGGGCAUACUCACUUAGUCUCACUUAGUGUGACGAUUUUAUACUUCCCAUUCUUCUCGGAAAGCUGGAAACAAAACCUUUUGUCUUGAACGAAAUCAAAACAAAUUAAUGACUUGAUUGAAUUGUAAAUUGACCGAUAAUUUCAACAAUUUCAAAUCUCAUGCACUCAAUUUCAAGAUCUUUUCUACUUUUCAACCGUCAUCUCAAAAAGAGCUUGAGCGGCUAGGAUAACAAAACACAGUCACACAGGUUGCCCCAUGUAAGGGAAUCCAAGGCGGUUGUCUUGUGUCUUGGAUUCUGGAUUCCACUCCGUGAAUUUUGGAUUCCAGGCACUGAAUUCGGGAUUCUUUGCCAGUGGAGCUUGGAUUCCGGAUUCCAAAGCCCAGGAUUCGGAUUCCACAAGAAAUUAUUUCCAGGAUUCCGGAAUCUGGAUUCCCUUCACCAAAUGGAGACACAGGGGAAUAGCUUCAGUACCAGUUUCUCCCGCAUUUAAAAUUUCUGAUAUUGUUGUUUGAAGCCAUUUCAUUACGGCAAACAAACAAAAUGUAAAACCUGGGAAGAUAAUACCCGUCGUAAAAGGAUACACAACGCUGUUAUAAAUUACAAAUUCAGUUCAGUUAGUAGAAACUUCAGUCUCCAUCCUUUGUUGAAAUAAGUUGUUCGUGCAUUUACAAAAGAUUUUAACAUGUUUAAUACAUUGAAAUGGUCUAAAUUUUCACUGAUUUGUUUUUCUGAUCAGCAGAAUGGUAGAAAAUUUGAAAAUUCUUGGAUCAUGUACAAUCUUCAGGCCUUGCUCCCUCCUUCAAUGAACUGCAAACUCGACUGGAUCUUGUGAUAUGCAAAAUGUUUUAAUCUUGUUUUAAAAAACAAGGGAAUGCUUUCCUCCUCCUCCCCCUCCCCCUGCUUCUCCUCCACUUUCUUGCUACAAAUGUCUGGGGAUCCAGAAUGGCUUUCACAAAGGAACCCACCGGGUUUGUGAGGCAGAUCAGACGGUAGUUAACUACCGACUGCCCUACCUCACAAACCCGAUUAGAACAAUGACGUUGAAAGUACUUAUCGUGAAGUUGAUCAUCAGCUCGGUUCCGUUAAUUUCUAACUUUCAGAGUAAUUCAGUCUGAACUUUCUAAGAGCCAGAACUUGCUUAAAAGGUAACGGACUGAUCUAACGUUUAACUACAUGAUAAGUGCUUUAAAUCUCAUUUCCACUCAUUGUCAAUUAAAUUUAAUGGUCAUCUUUGUAAAAUGUGCAACCGAGGGGUAAAGAUGAUAAAUGCCACAUUUUCCUCCUAAUUUACAACCCCGUGUGAAUUGGCAUAUAAAUGUAGCAUUUACCAUUUUUGCAAAUCAGUUUGCACAUUUUUGCGAUGAGCAAAUUUGAUGAAAAUGCACUAAAUUUUCGUCCAGUGCUUCAGGAGGAAUCAUGCAUAAAGAUUAUUUCUAUCUGCCUGUAAGCUAACAUUAAUCAGGAGCCAAGUUAUCUAUGCAUACUGUUGUCAAAUUAAGCUGUGAUUACCCCAGGAGGAAAGCAAGUUUCAAACAAACUGAGGCCAGGGAUGUACCAUGCCUAGCUUUGAUUGCGGCUACUGAACCAGUGAUUCAUUGUGGGCGUUAUUUUUCUACAUUUUAGAUGAAAGCAAUUUAAUUUUGUUUUGUUUUCAGAGACCUUGAAAAUACAGAAUGGAUGGGUGACGAUGAUGUGGAAAACUCAAGGGCUUAAGACGUGAUUAUGUAGAUUGAGACAGACGCUAGAAAAAAAGAAGAGCUUAAGGGGAAGGGGUGGGGUCAGUCAAGUUCCAUAGUAACCAAUCACACUGCUGUUAUUCUCCCAGCUGGUACAAAGUUAAAACCAAUUCGUUGUAAAGUACAGAUAUGGGAUUUGUAGAGAGAACUGUAAAGCCGCACUUUACACUGCACUUGCAGAUGAAGACUGGGAUAAUGUGCUCGCUGCUCCUGAUGUUCAGCGAGCGGUUUGUAUAUUGGAAGAAACGAUUCACGGUCAUAUGGACAGGUGCAUGUAUGCCGGUCAGAGCUGUUUCUGUGUCGUCACGCAAUCCGCCGUGGAUGACACCACUUCUUAAGUCAAUGAUCAGAACGAAGUCCAGAGUUUCUUCGCUGAGCAAAGACAGACUGUGUCUUAUUAACAAAAGAAUAGCUGGCAUCAUCUUGGAAAAUAGGACAAAGUUUAUGGCUGCCCCUCCAGGUAGUCGAGGAUGGUGGAAAGGAGUUGAUGAAUCGUUGCAGCGGUGUCGUGCAUCCUGUAAGAGUAAACCUAGAUAAAAGCAGUUUGGUGGAAUUGAAUGAUUACUUUGCUAAGCUCUGCUCAGAUGAUACGUACAUAGAACCAACUCCUGUCACGAUCAGCAGCGAAUUGGAGAUCCCGGUAAUUUCCGAACACCAGGCCUGGAAUUAACACACUCCAAAGAACCGCGACUGGACCCGACCAGACUCCUUACUGGGUUUGGAAAGAGCAUGCAGAGAUUUUCAUGGAAUCUCUCAAUCUCCACUCGCAGUUUGCUAUUAUCGAGGAAGCAAGCGAUUAUCACCCCCCCCCCCCCUCCCCAAAGUGGAUGUUCCUAAAGCACAUAGUGAUUAUCGCGGUAUUAUAUUAAUAUAGCCCCUGUCAUAACGAGGGCUUUCGAAAAAAUUGUCCACCACUGCCAUGCCCCUGAGGCCAUUGAAAACGUAAACCACCUCAGUGCCACUCAGUUCGCCUUCGGAAAAGGUGGAAACUGUACCGAUGUUCUCUUUUCAAUUCAACAUAGGAUCAACAGCUUCUUAGAUAACCCUGAUUGUAAAGCAGUUCGCCUUUUUGCUAUGGACUUCUGAGCAGAAAAGCUUUUGACUCUGUUAAGCAUGAACUUCUUGCUAAUAAAAUAAAAAACGACCCUCAUUGGAUCCAUAUUAUAAUUUAACAUCAACGAGUUUUUUUAAAAAUUUUAAAGGAUAGAAAACAAAGGGUUUUUUUCAACGACUUUGAGCGCGACUGGAAACCUGUUGACAAAGGGACUACUCAUGGUAGGGUUAGUGGUUCUUACCUUUUGAACAACUUUCUCAAUGACCUUAACAUCACUUUAGGAAAUCAUGACGCGCUAUGUAAGUACGAUGAUGAUUCGACACAGUUUUGAGAUUGGACGGAAGCAAAUAGAAUGUCUUGCAAUCCUAGGAAAAGGUAAAGGAGUUGACAUUUAACAAGAGAGGGAACCACGAUAUGUUCUAGAUCAGCACCUAUUGGGAGGAUACCUAGCUGUAAAGACGUAUAGAUUUUAGGGUUCACCUUCCAAUGCGACAGCAAAUUUUAAGUGCAUGUGAAGAACAAACUUAUUGAGGCUAAAAAAUCCCUACAUACCCUUAGAACGCUGCGCAAAGAGGGAUGUACUCAGUCAGAAAUAGACCUUCUCUUUAACACAAUAGUUCUACCUAAUAAUACUUAUGCAUUAUCCGUCUACGUUGCGUCCGUUUCCCGUCCUACACCUGUGCAAUGUUUCUUGGACCGCUGUUUUAAAAGGAAAUACACAUCUAAGCCUGUAAGUGUAUAUGAUUUUUUAGAUAGGUAAGAUGGCAAAUUGUUUAGAAAAGUUUCAAAUUCCACUGGACAUUCAAUACUAUCUGUAACUCCCUCGAGUCAAACCGUCUAGCUACCAUCUUAGGAAAGAAACUCGUUAUAAACCUAAGAUAAUUACUAUGUGUUUAAAAACUCUUUUAAAACGCAAAACCAAAUACGAAUACAAAUUAGCUUUGUAAUAUACUAGAUUUUAAUUCUUACCUUUUACCUUCUCAUACUUUUUACUAGAUGUAAAAUUUCUUAAUUAAAUACCCUUGUAACAAAAGACAUCUACUUUUAUCUUUUGACGAAUAAAGACUUUAUUAUUACUAUUAUUACAUGAGGUUAAAAAAAAAAUAGAAAGAUAGCGGCGAUUACUGUUUUUCGAAGAUCUCUAGCCUUUUAAUUGUAUAACAACAGUUUCCAGUCAGUUCAAGGUCUUGAUAUGUCGAUAAAAUCCUUAAAUGCCCCUGACUGUCAAUUGCAUUAGGGGGGAAAUGCCUAAUCGUCUGCGAACAAAUUUUAGUCAUUUUCGCUGCAUUACACUCACAAAAGGCUACAGCACCCUCAGCUUUUCUUGCUACGGAAUCAAUACCUAGGUUAAGUAACAAAUUUUGGCGAAGUUUAGGAGGAUAUAAGGAGGAUACAGAGUUUUGCGGUGCAACGAGCAAACAAAGAUACAUGACACCAGGAAGGUCUCUCAAGAUUCCCAUCAGACGAUCCAAACCUGGAAAAAAUCUCACUGCAGUCUUAAGUCUUUAAGAGUUCCACCCGUUAUAGCGCAAACCGAAAAACGCUUUUUAAAUACAGUUCCAGUAGUUUCAAAAAUUGCGUUAUACUAAAAAGAAAAUAGCAUUAAAGUAGAUUAAUAUGCAAUGAAAAGUAAAAAGAUCUGUUUCAGCCCCAAAGUGCCAAUUCAGCCCAUCAAAUUGAUGGGCUCCUGACACGGCCCGAGGGGCCAAAAAUUUUUUUUGAUACCGAGCAGAAUUCGAUCAAAAUAAGGGUGUCGGAGCAGAAUUUUGAGCAGAAUAAUCGAUUUUUACAAGCACUGCCGGCAGGCAGAAUAAACCAUUUUACGAGCGCUAGUGUGUGGUUGCAGCACCUUGUAAAUAGCAGCUGUCACUAAAGAAAAUCCUUUUGAUACCAUUGGUUACCUAGUUCAUGUGUUGAUUGGUCAGUCCUAUUGUAAAUACGGCUCCCGAACAAUGCUCUUCUCGGAAACGUUGGAACACAGCGUGAAACACGUUGGGAAGACGCAAUCAACGUUCACUCUCCGUAAAUGUUUUUUGCUAGGCUUAGGUUCAGUUCAUCGUAGAAACAAACAGUCAUAAAAAACGGCAGGUUUUUCUUAUUUCCAUAAAAUUAUCUACGAUGCUUUUGGUUUACAUCAUUGUGAUUCCGGGCGUUAUAGGUAAGUAGAAAAAGACUUACAGUUCUAUAGUUCCAUCGUCCUCGUGUCUUUAAUUUCCCAUCUUAUUGAGUCGCCAGGGUGAAUGAAUCGCUUUUAUAUUAUUUGGUUUACAUGGCGAAUGAAAGAACCGAGCAGAAAAGUCAAGGUGCUUGUCUUUUAUUUUUAAAAUAACAGAGAAUUCUGACUGAAAUUCUCAUUUCUUUUAGGGAGUAAGUGUAUUAAGUAAUCACUUUAAACGGAAGCCGAAAGUGAAAGUAGAUAUUAUACAAGUUUCGAUUCAGGUCUUAGUUUAUUCCAUAAACUCAAAUUUAAUAAUCAUUUGAUUCGAUGCAUAUGUAUUUUGCCUAAGCAUUUACUGCUAAGAAAGGGGGAAGAUUUGGAGGCAAAAAGCAGCUGCAAAGUAACAUCGAAAAGUGUCGUAACGGAAGAAAGAGAACUGAAGCGGAAACACAGGGAGGCGCAGACAAGUUUUUGCCAGCUGACAUUAUUGUUCGUUGUGUUUAUUCAAAGAUGUGUCUCACAAAACCUUUCCAAGCAGUGUUCAAACCUUUCUGAACACUUCAUUUGAUCCACAUCUUGAUUACUAUCUAUCGAUCGCAUAAAAAUCGAAACUUACGGGUCUCUGUCCUUUUCUUUUCAACUUUUUAACAUUAUAUGCUUUGUUUAUCCUUCCCGUUUUCCGAGAAAGUCUGCAUUAAUCAAUUUGAGAUGUACGUAAGUGGAUUUUAAUUACCAAGAAGGUAAGGAAUCCUGGACGCGGAAAUCUGCAACAGGAAUACUGAACUGUUAGAGGUUUCGGAGCUUUGUGGGCCAGUUAGGGCGAACUAUCCGUCUGGAUUUGCCAGCAAAAAAAAGUCUGCCCUAAAGUCUGCUCAAGGCUCUUGUCUUGUCCAAAGUAGCCAUAAAAACAAAGGGUGCACCACCGAUUUUCUCUCUUCUCAUCCUUCAUUUCCUCCCUUUCCUGUUUUGUUGUGAUUUCCGGGUUUCUCGGAAACCUUACAGUCAAGGCAGGUCAAGCGUACCCCACAAGAUUCUAUUAAUGAAUUGAUUAUUUUAAAAAUGAACCGUUGGUCGUUCCCGUAACUAGUGUCAAAUUCCAAUGGGCAUGAAUUCGUGACAAGGCUAUAACUUGCGUAUUUUGUCGUGAUCUUGACAAACAUCAAUGUUCUCUUGUCUUGUACAAAAAGAUCUUUUUAAAAGAAAGUGAAGUUUGGCAAAAAGUUAUUUCAAGCAAAAUUAUUGUCACGCUUGUCACACAAGGUUUGCCGUCUUCUUUCCUCUCCCGUCCUGUUGCGUAAGUUCACUAUAAAACUUGCAGAGUUUGGAACACGCCAGAAGGUGUUUUCGUCACUUGAAAAAAAAAGGAGGGCAAGAGAAAAAAGAAAUGGUCGCACCCUUUGUUUCAGACCAUACGAAACAGAACUUUUAGAGAAAGUCAAAAGGUUUGGUGGGUUGCACUAAGAUUACGUUUUGAAGUUAAAAACGAUCACUUCCCCCGUCCUCCGAGAUCUGAAUUAAGUUAAAAUAGGAGAUUAUCGCUAUCUACAAGCCUGGAUUUGCCGGCCCACGCCCGAGGCGCCAAAGCUGCCAGUUUUCGCCAGUGGAACACAACUUUUUAAAUACAUGACAAUUCAGCCUGAUGCGAGGUCAAUUUUGAAAUGAAUGAAACAAAUGAAUCACUCUUUCAGCUUCACAUCAAGAACAGCGUCCAAGGAUUAUUUCAGGACCAAGCCAUCCCAUGAUUGGAAAAAAGCAAGGAAACUUAACAUUUGACUGGACUUUCAAACUCUUGCCUGGGAGGACCUGGAUCGAGAGCGUGGAACAUGUGGCUUUCGGGUUCUGGAAACCACCAGGAUAUCUGAAGACAAAGCUCAUAGUUAUCGGAAAAAAUGGGGAAGUAAUGAUUCGACAAAACCAGGAGAGCAAAAUAAGCUGCGCAUUCAACAUGUCUCUUCUGCAAGUGGCAUUUACGGUUCAUGAUUUAGGCACGGGUGACGAGAACGAAUACGGUCUUCACGUUGAGCUUGGCUUGGCGCGGAAGCCCUUAAUUGACGUUGUUACGCUUCUCUUGGAGGGUAAUAGUAUUAAUAGUAUUACAGCAUUGAAACACAUACACUGCUUUUUAAUAGUAGUUUCAGCUAGCGCUGUUAAAACUUGUCCUAUUUUUCUAGAUUUUUAUUUCAUUUGUGCAUGGUAUGCCUUAAUGGCAGUAGGUCGGCUGUUUUUUGGCUCGACUUUGGCUUCUGGGAUUGACAUGCAGGGCGAUUAGUUAUCCCUAAUAUAAUGAGCAAAUUAUUUUAUCAGUUGUGCGAGGCUAUAUUCGUAUUCUUCAAGGUUUUAACAGGCAAAAGUGAUCUUUUAGAUGGUAAAAAGAUGAUUUUCAAAUCGAAUACGGUGACUCCCAUUUUGAUACACUUUUGGACUUUCUGAAAUGAUUGUUGACCGUGCCAAUCUGUUUCAUUUUGAAUCGCUGUUUUUUGUUGUUUUUUUUUAAUUUGAGGUGGCUUUUUCUUCUUGGCCAAAUAUGUUUACACUGAUUACACGUUUCUAACUAACAGACCCACCCAAAAUUGUCAGACCUCCGAAAAGGAAUAUUUAUUUGAGGACUGGAGACGAACUAUCGUUGAACUGCAAGGCCACUGGACUUCCGCGUCCGCAGGUCACGUGGGAACGAUUUGGAAGGGUUGUGAGAAACCACUCUAUACUGUUAGGACGAGUGAAUAAAAAUGACAGUGGACUGUACCUAUGCAAAGCUAAAAGUACUGCUGGGGAGGACAGCAUGAAGAUUUUUGUUAGAGUCGAGGAUAAAGAGAAACCAACAGUAGCAACAGGUGAGGAGAGCUGGUGACAUGAGUUGUGUAGAUUGUACCCGUAGAAGACAAUCUGCUAUUUCUAGCUAUACAGUUGAGUUUAACAAAUUAGUCACUAUAUUUACAGUUCACACUUGGAUUUUUAUCAUCAGGGCAUUAGUGAGGAUGUAAACGUCCUGAUAGACAUGAACAUGGAACUUAUGGGGUGGGGGGUGGGGGGAGCAGAUGUCACCGGCUCCUGAGGUGUCUUCGUUAGGUUUUUCCUUGACUUUUUCAAAACGCCUUUAAGAAAGUAAAACUGCUGUAAAAGCACCCAUUUUGAAAAUUAGUAUCAUCUAUAUUACAGUACAUCUUCCAAUGAAAAUCAGAUAUAUUUAUUCAGCAACGGCUAAAGUUUCAGAAAACUAAUAUAAUUAUGUCGACGUGUCAAUUAUCCCUCUUUUUAAUUGUUUUAGAGGCUAUAAAUGCCCCGAAUACUAAAAGCGUUCCACUGGAUUUCAGACUCGUCAACACUUUUGAGUUAUAUUUUGACUCCACUAAAAUCAACAACAGACAUAAUAUCAAAGCAUAUAAGUUUAUUUAGGUAGGGCUUAGUGAGAACCAACUCUGCAAUGUCACGCUGUGUAUACGUUAACAUAGCUAUGUACGACACUCGUAUUUUUGCUUUCAUAAAGAACUUCUACAACCGGUCAAUCUCGACCUGUACCCCCAAUUAAGCACACAGGCCCUGUUCUAGUUAGGCCACCAGUUAGGCUGGGGGUAAUAAACUUCUGACAAACAAAUGACUGGGACAGGAAACAUUGUAGGAGCACUAAGGCUGAGAAUCAGAAAAACUGGGGAUCUAUCUUUAACAUAACGGGUUCAUCUUCACUAAUGUACCCAACAAGGCAUGUAGGCCAAUUAGGCUGCCAGAAAAGGCUAGGGUACAACAUCUAGGGUAAACAGAUGGCAAAAGACCCUGGGUGGAGGUCUGCAACAUUGCCAUUACUAAUCGCGUCAAUCUUGACUUACGUGGCCACCUAAGGAGCAGUUCCGAGAUAGCUGACCGAAGCGUACAUAGAAACUAUAUAUUAAAUAAGUUAAGAAACAGGUACAAAACUGUAAUAACGGUACAAAUACAUAAGAUAAGAAACGGAAAAAGUGCUGAGGACUAGUAGAGCUGAGCUGCCGCUUACAACUUAAAUAAAUUCGGUCAGACAGAGGCCAGAAAAAACCCGAACGGAAAAAAUGCGGGCAGGAAAUCUGGGAAAGAAACAAGGAUUAAGUCCAGAUGUCCUUUCUACGGAACUUUACAAGGUAAUCGAGAAUAUGCCCGGCGCCUAAAAUGAAACAAAAGAGUUAGAAACCACGGAAAGGUUGGUUCAGAAGCCUAGAUGACGAACAAGUGAUAUACGCAGCCUUACAUACCCCGGUAUAGCUACCCAUGGUGCCACUGGCCUAGCACCCAGACCCUGUUUUAUGUGAUGCCGUCAAAGUAUUUAUUUCCUCCUUCUUCGCGGGCUAAUUCGUCAGAAAUAGCAUAUUUUUAUCAUUAAUACUACUAUUAAUCCCUAUAAAGAAAUUGGUAGUUUCUUGAAAGGGCACUGAACAAUACCCACACCACAACAAAAUCGCUAACCUACAAUAGUUUUCGCAAAACAAAAGAAUUAACACCCAAGAAAUUGCAAUUAGAACGAGGAAAUUGUUUAUGUUACUGCCAUUCCCAGCUUUUUUCUCGCGAGAAGACUGUAAGCGGCUAAAACAAGCAAAUUGUAAACACUUUUAUACAGGUUUUUAACGAUCUUUUAAAACACUUUUCAGACCAUCAAUGAAUACCUAAACCAUCUGCACUCAUUUGCAUGUAUAUUACUUCUUCUUACUGUUCCAAUACCAUUAAGGUAUUAUCUCUCUGUAAUCAGAAGAAACGUACUGGUCGCCUUUACUUUACUAUUUCUAUUUAGUAAGCAAUCUGCACAAAAAAUCCCUCCGAUCCCAAACUUCAUAAAAUUCUCCAAUAUCGCACUUAGGCUUUACCUAAAAACAUGUUUUGGUUAAAGAUUAAGAGCCAUUUUUCUCAAAAUAUGCAAUACAACUUGCGGCCCAACGCGAUUCAGAGUUGUGGGUUUCAACUCAAAUUACAGUUUAAUGUUCAAUUUGAGUCGGGUGACGGCACCGGCUUGCUUGAGGUGUACUGUGUUUUUGUUGCUUGAGCACUUCAUCCAAGUAAAGCACCUCAAUUGCAAUUUAGCAAGUACAGCAUCUCAAGCAAACCACCUUGUGCAAGCAAAGCACCUCAAGCACGUCAAGUAUCUCAUGCACGUAAAGAACCUCAAGCAAGCAAAGCACUUCAAUUGUAAUUAGCACGCUAAAAGCAGCUCUUGCAAGUAAAGCGUCUCAUGCAGGAAUAGCACGUCAUGCGAGCAAAGCGUCUCAUGCAAGCAAAGCACCUGAUGCAAGUAUAAGCACCUGAAGUAAGCAAAGCGCCUCCAGCAAGUAAAGCACCUAACACAAGCAAAGCGACACAAGCAAGUGUAGCAUCUCAAGCAAGCAAAACACGUCAUGCAAGUAAAGCACCUGAAGCAAGUAAAGCAUCUCAUACAAACAAAGCCAACUGAAAAAUCAAGAAAAGUAUUUCACAUACAAGUAAAGCACCUCAGGCAAGUUAGCAGUAUUAACAAUUAACGCACCUCAAGUAAGCAAAGCACCUAAAGGAGGUAAAGCACCAGAAGCAAGUAGAGCACCUCAUGCAAGUAAAGCACCUUAGGCAAGUAAAGGAGUAAAGCUUCUUACGCAAGCAAAGCACCCAAUGGAAGUAAAGCACCUUAUGUAAUCAAAGCAUCCCAAACAAAUAAAGCAUCUCGUGGAUGUAAAGCACCUAAUGCAAGUAAAGCAUCAUGCCAGCAUAGCGUCUCAUGCAAGCAAAGCACCUGAUACAAGUAAAGCACCCGAAGCAAGUAUAUAAAGCGCAUCAAACAAGUAAAGCAAAUCAAGUAAGUAAAGAACCUCACGCAAGCAAAGCAACACAAGCAACAAGUACAUGCAAGUAAAGCAUCUCAAGCAAGUAAAACACCUUCACCCAAGCAAAGAAUCUCAUGCAAGUAAAGCAUCUGAAGCAUGUUAGCAAAACUAAGAAAAAAAGCACUUCAGAUCAGGUACGCAUGCAAGUAAAGCAAUCAGUAAAUGCCCACACGAUACAGGGCAAACUAUAAUAAUCAUAUAUGAUGUACCUAACCGAGCUUAUCCGACGAAUUGAUGGUCAAAAUUUAACACUUCUAAAGUUUUGUGGGACACUACGUAGACAACCAUUAGUGCGACCAAAUUUUAUACAUUGUCCAGCGGUAGUGGUAUUGACAGGAUUCCUAUCUAUCUCAAAGUAGUCUUAUCACGGAAUUGGGAAUAAUCCCGUGUGGUGUACUACGUUAAAAAUUCGUUGUUUUUCUUAUUUCAGUUCCUGUUUCUGGUGCAAGGAUAUCGCAAGGUAAAAGCCAUGAGCGGAGGACAGUCAUAUUGGUGGCGAGCUCAUCAGGAUUAAUUGUUUUGGUAUCACUUGCGGCGUUCAUCUUUUAUUACAGGCGUCGUAGACGAUCAAGAAAAAGCAUCGCUUAUGACUCUUUGCAGGAAAAUACAACAGGAAAAACUAUUUAAAUAUACAGAUGACUCUCGAUAACUCGAAUCCUCGCUAACUCGAACCAAAGUCGAUUUCCCCUUCUUACUUUUACUGUAAUUACCCCCGGUGACUCGAACCCUCGAUACUCGAACCUCCCGCUAACUCGCAGUAUUUUUUUCCCCUUCAUAUCAUUUCUAUACAAUUUUACCCUCGAUAACUCGAACCACGUUAUAAGCGCUUACCAAGUCGGAAAAAAAAACGUGUACUGAACAAAGUUUAUUUCAAACCAACCAAGACAACUCUUUGCCUUUUUUUUUUGUCACUCCAAUUCAAAUUCAGUGUCCAUUCCUGUAUACUUUGUUGCUUAAUUGCAUUUCCUCCCCAUCCAUUUGCUUAUUUCCUUACUUCAAACUGCCGAUAACUAGAACUCCCGAUAACUCGGACUUUUUUCGAUUUUCAUUGAAGGCUCGAGUUAUCGGGAGUCGACUGUAGAACAUUUCUCUCACCCUUCAACAGCAUUAGUCGAUUUAAAUUAAGGACAACAUCUGCUAAUUGUCAACAAUGAAACACCUACAGUCGGAACUCUCGCAAACGAACAGCUUAGGAAUUCAUAAAGUGGUCGCAGCUAGAGAUGGUCGUUUCCAAGAGUGGGCUCUCGACCAUUAAUUAUCAAUACAUUCAGCCAAAGAUAAUAUACAACUGUCAGAUUUUUUUUUGUAGUUGAAUAGUGGUGGCGAACCCCUCAUACGGAGACGCGAAGCGUCAAGGUGUCAUAUCGAGCACUAUGAACCGACCCUGAGGGGGAUAGCUGUUUUUAAUUAGUAUUUACCAAAUCAGUUGGAUACAAAUCAAAAAGGAACCUUUUGUCAAUAAAACAUGUCACUUACUUAGAGUUUGUUUACGUUUCAAUGGUCAGUGUUUCGGGAUCAUUUUUUAUGAUUUUGUUGCAAAUUCAGUACGAAUUUCAGUUUUUUGUACCAGUGAUCAGUAAACAGCGACAAGCCAAAUUUUGUCUUUUUCUUGGUAUUUGUUGGUACAGCCAUUGAUAAUAGAAAGACUGGAUAGGAAACUGGCUGACGCAAUCGGUUCCAACACAGUGGGAAAAUGUGACGUCACAUUAUCAAGAGCCAUCCAACCUCUUACAUCCGACGUUUUGCGCGUCUUAUUUUUCCUCGCAUAUUUCACUAUCUCUGUCUUCAACUAUCCAUAUUAGCCAUGUUUCGAAGUACAGUGGAACCUCGUUAAUGCGACCACCGUUGGGCCAUAAAAUCCUGGUCGUAAUACCAAGGUGGUCGCAUUAACGGGGUCUUCAUAAUAAUAAAAUGACUCAGUGAUUUUUACGUUUGGGUCGAAAAAAUAUGGUCGUAAUAACGAGGUGGUCGCAUAAACGAGGUGGUCGUAAGACGGGGUUCCACUGUAAAGGAUGAAGAGGACUUGCUCUUGGAGAAGACAGUUAGAGGGUACAAAACCGGUAGAGGCAAAAGACAGAUCUGAGUAAAUGAUUAUGAAACUUGUGAGAGCGAAGAAUGACUCCAGCGUCCUAUAAUUUUAUGCACCAAAUGGGAAGCCUAACUACAUUAAAACUAUGCGAAAACUUACAUGUAUACAGCUACAAAACACCUAUAAAAAAGGCACAGCCUAGUUUUCUUCAAACCACAAAAAAAGCGGAAAUAA